ACUCCCCCAGGAGGUCCCCACCCACACUUUGGGAACCACUGUACUAGAUCACCAGAAAACAAACCUUUUGAUCAUGCCAUAGUGAAAAGAGUUGAUCCUUAAUAAUAGGGAAAUCAGGUUUGUUAUCUCAAUAUGAAGAAGUCAAGAUCUUAAGAAAACAAACGGACAGUUCUUGUUACCUGUGGAAACAUGUCUGAACAUGUCCGCCUAGAGCUGCCGUAGUUUAGAUAACAAAAGUCUUUUCAAGGUAGAACUAAAUGCAGAAUCUUGAUUAGGUUUUGGUGUAAAAUAAAUAACUGAAAUGUUGAAUUUCUUCCAACAUGAUCUGAAUGAAAGAAUAGCUCAUUUAUCUUUUUAAAGAGGGGGAUUAAAGCUAACGUUAUGACACUUGAAGUGCUCACUACAAAUAAACGUGAUUAAUUAAAAGUGGUCACUUGAGACGGCUGAAAAUGUCAGCAAUAUCUGUGCGCAGCGACCACUUACAAGCUGUUAUUUUCAAGCUCUGACCACAUCAGCAGUUCAGUACACUUUACCCCAAGUUCUCUGCCAGAGCGCCCCUACAGCAGCUGCUGAUUGAUGGGAUCAGGAGAUUGAUGACAGCUCUCCCAAAAGGUUCAGGAGUUUCAUGUGUCAGCGACAGUGACCAUCCAUUACAACUUAUGCACAUUCCCUCCUCCCUCCCCGCCGCUUUUGGGAGUCAAUAAGAGUGACCCACCAGAGAGGCCCGCGUGCAUUAUCACAAGAAGAAGCCCUCGUUUGAUGCCAAACAGCACCAGGAGCAACAAAGGGAAUCAUGCCUGUGCCCAAGAAAGCUGGUAAUGGAAGGAAAAACAGCACAGUUCCUGAAGAGAAGCUGCCGCCGUAUGAACCCAAUGUCCCUGAACCUACCACCAGAGCUGACUUCAUGAAGUACUGGAUCCCCAUCACUCUGGAUGAUAAAACUGCACAGAAGCUGCUGUGGAUUUCAGAGGGCGCCACCAAGGUGGCACGUACGACUGAUGCGGUCUGCCCGUACCCCAACAGACCUGAGAGAUAUGAGCACUCACCUCAGGUGCUGUGUAAGGAGAGUCUGUUGGGCCACCGCGGGUACUGGGAGGUGGACUUCGAUGGCUGGGUGGUGAUCGGGGUGGUCUGCGAAAGCGCCCCCAGGAAGAGCAACGACGGGCCCUGCGGCAUCGGGGAGAACACUGGCUCCUGGGGCGCCGGCUGGUCUGGCUCCUGCUACCAAGUGUGGCACAACAGCGAGAACGUGGACGUCACGCUCCCCGCUCUGUCCACCAUGGGGAUCUACUUGGACCAGCCCGCUGGCAUCGUCAAGUUCCUGCUGGUGGAGGGCGAGGGCGAGAAGGAGGUGCGGCUGCUUCACAAGUUCAAGAUCAACACCCAGGAGAAGAUUUUCCCCGGGUUCUGGGUCGGCACGAAUUCGUUCUGCCUCAUUCGGAAAAAGGAUCAGUGACAGCCGAGCGUUUCCAGAGCGAGGGUCGAUUUGUGUAAAUUUAAGGAGCGGCGAGGAGGGAGGUGAAGGAGUUUGUUUGAGGAUCAAGUGUUGGAGUUUGCAAAGCAGGAGCCAAGCACGUUACAUAUCUAUCUGUGAGGAUGUGUUUGCUUUCUCUGGUGCAUGUAGAAAAGUGUUUUUUCCUAAUAUAUCUGAAGAUGCAGAAUUAUUUUAUUUACUUUAUUUAUUUAUAUUUAUCUUUUAGUUUUAGGCAAGGUCGUGUUUUUGUGACACAAAGGGCUUUGCAUGUAUUCAAAUGCUUGCUGUAUUUUUUUAAGUGUUGAAUAUAGUUAAUAAAUUCUACUGUUGUGUAAUAAA